GAUGGACACGUAGCUAAGAGAUGAACAUAAAUAACUUUUAGAGAAUGAUCAAAAGUAGAUGUUAUGUUAUGGGACUUCAGGCUUUAGAGAAAACUCUAAGUAUCUUAAAUUUGUUGGUUGGAGAGUGGGAAUAUUUAUUGGAUUAAUGUCAAAGAAUACAAAUUUAAAAUUAGGAGUUAUGAUAACAGCAUCUCAUAAUAAAAUAAUUGAUAAUGGUUUUAAAGUAGUACCUCCAUAAGGUGGAAUGCUUUCUAUAGAAGAAGAGUAGAAUAUAGAAAUAUUUUAUAAAUCUGAUGAAAUAGUUAAAUAAGAAACAAAAUAUGAUAACGGAAUAGUGUAUGUCGGAAGAGAUACUAGACCAUCAAGCGAUUCAUUAUGUUAAAUAGUAUUAGAAGGAAUUAAAGAAGCAGGAGCAGUUGGAAUCAAUUUAGGAAUUGUAACAACACCAUAAUGUGCAUUUUUAGUAUAUGCUACGAAUUUAGGAUUGAUACAAUAAAUAGAAUCUAAUUAAUUAUUCUUUGUAGAAUACUUUUGCAAUAUCUUUUUGCAAUUAGUUAAGAAUUCAAUUGAAGGAACUUUAAUUAUUGAUGGAGCAGAAGGUGUUGGAGGAAUAUGGAUUAAAGAAUUUUAAUAAAAAUUAACUAAUGUUUUAACAAUUAAGAGAAUUAAUUAUGGUGAUGAACCACAUUUAUUAAAUGAAGGAUGUGGUUCGGAAUUUGUUUAAAAAGAAAAGAAAUUACCUAAAAACUUUAUAUAUGAUCCUAGUUAUAGAUAUGCUUCAUUAGAUGGUGAUGCUGAUAGAUUAGUUUAUUAGUAAUAAUUUAAUUAUAUCAUAGUUAUUUUGAUAAUAAUAAAUUAUAAAUAAUUGAAGGAGAUAGAUUUGCUAUACUAUUUGCUAUGUAUAUAGAAUAAGAACUUAAAAAGAAACCUAAUUUAAAAUUAUCUAUUGGAAUUAUUUAAACUGCUUAUGCUAAUUCUGCAUCAACUAAAUAUAUUACAGAAAAAUUAGGAAUCUAUGCAAAAUAUGCACCUACUGGAGUUAAAUAUCUUCAUAGAGCUGCACAUGAAUUUGAUAUUGGAAUCUAUUUUGAAGCAAAUGGACAUGGAGCUAUUAUUUAUAAAGAUCAUGUUUUAAAUUAACUCAAAGAAUUCUAACUUUUUGAACUUGAAUUAUUUUUAAAAUUAUCAAAUUAAGCAGUUGGAGAUGCUAUUAUCAAUAUUUUAAUGACAGAAUUCUUAUUAAAUAAAUUACAAAUGAAUAUUUAAGAUUGGUUAUUAAUAUAUUAAGAUUAUCCUGCACUUUCAACUAAAUUAUAUGUAAAAAAUAAAUAAAUUAUAAAAACAAAUUAUGAAGAAACAUCUUUAAUUGAACCAAUAGGUAAUAAUCAUAAAUAAAUAAGAUCUUAAAUAAAAAGUAGAUGAAAUUAUGUCAAAAUUUGAUAAAUCAUAUAGAACAUGUAUCAGACCAAGUGGAACAGAAAGUGUAGUCAGAGUACAUAGCGAAGGUCCUCAAGUUGAAAUUGUUAAAGAAAUAGAUUUUAGAAUUAAUGAAUUGCUAAAAUCAUAUAUGGAAAUAUGA